AUGCCGUCUAGGCUGUUGGUUGCUGUACGACCACGGGCUUUCUCAAUACGCUCGUUCGCAUGUCCGGAUCGUUCGGCAUGCAAGCACCUCUUGACUCACAAGUCUCCAAAUGUGCUGAGGUCUUUUGCAACACACAAUGAACCCUCCACCACCGUAUCUAAGUCAGAUAACCAAAAGGAACGUGUCGUCAUCCUGGGAUCUGGCUGGGGUGGAUAUACCAUCUCGCGCCGGCUGUCGCCCAAAUCCUACUCCUCCCUCGUCAUAUCUCCGCGAUCCUAUUUUGUAUUCACUCCUCUCCUCACCGACGCCGCUAGCGGAUCCCUUGAUUUCUCCAAUAUCGUUGAGCCUGUGCGAGAUCCACACGCCAAGGUUGAUUUCAUCCAAGCUGCUGCCCGCGCCAUUGACCUCAAGAAAAAGACCAUUCUAUGCGAGGCGACUGUCGUCAAAAGCGGUGUCACCGAGACUCCCCGUACCCAGGAUGAGGAAAGAGAAGCCGGUGAAGGUGCCAUCGAUGAAGGUGCCGAGACCACCUCCAAACACCCGAUGAAAGAGCUUCGCAAAUGGGAACAAGGAGAGACAUUCGAGGUUCCAUAUGAUAAACUCGUGAUUGCCGUCGGAGCUGUCAGUCGGACCUUUGGAACCCCGGGAGUUCGUGAGAAUGCAAUGUUCUUCAAGGAUAUCGGAGAUGCAAAACGAGUCAAGCGGCGCAUGCGCGAAUGCUUUGAGCUGGCUGUCCUGCCGACCACCACCUCGGAGAUGAAGAAAUGGCUACUUCAUUUCGCUAUCGUUGGUGCCGGGCCCACCGGUACUGAAUUGGCCGCGUCGCUGCGAGACUUCAUCUACAAGGACAUGAUGAAAUUGUACCCGGCUCUCGACGGGAUUCCCAAAAUCAGCCUGUAUGACGUUGCGCCCAAGGUUCUUUCGAUGUUCGACGAGUCCCUCUCGCGCUAUGCGAUGGAGACGAUGAAGGACGAGGGAAUCGAAAUCAAAACAUCUCACCAUGUGAAGGGUCUGCGAUGGGGCCCACCAGGUGCUUCGCCUCCCUAUGAAAUGGAUCCUAAGCGGUGCCUGACAUUGGCGACUGAAGAGGAGGGCGAGGUUGGAGUUGGCAUGUGUGUUUGGGUGACGGGAAAUGCCAUGACCAACCUGGUCAACCAGACUCUCAACAAAAUCGACGCAUUCCCGACGGACUCUGUUCAUGCCCUAAACGAUGGUUUAGACCCAUCGACUAUCGCCAAUCAGUCAUGGGGAUACAAAAAGGUGUCUAAGAAGGGGCCCCUGCUAGUUGAUGGCCAUCUACGUGUACAGCUGCAGAACGAGGCCGGACAGACAGCAGUGCUGAAAGAUGUCUUCGCCUUAGGUGACAAUGCUAUGCCAGAGAAUGGUGCUCCUCCUGCGACAGCACAGGCGACCUUCCAAGAGGCUAAGUGGUUGGCUGCGCAUCUGAACAAGCAGGAUCUGGCGCAGGUACCGCCCUUUUCUUUCAAGAACUUGGGCACCAUGGCGUAUAUUGGAAGCGAAAAGGCAUUGAUGCAAAUACCUCACGAUACUCACGGCGCACGCCAGAAAUACUUACCCGAGGGACUUACGGGGCGCAUGGCCUCGAUGGUUUGGAAUAUGGCAUACAUCACGAUGAGCAUCAGCUGGCGCAACAAGCUGCGGGUGGCAUUCCGGUGGACAUUGAACCGUAUCUUUGGAAGAGAUGUCUCGCGGUUCUAG